CGGCAAGUAGUGAGGUAGGGCGGAUCACAAACUCGUGACUGCACGAACGAAAUAAAUAAGGAGCUACAGGAUUAUCACGGGUGUAGACGGUGAAGGCAUGGUCGGGACAAGGACAGACUUAGCGGAGGUGGAAGCAGCGGCUGGACCCAAUGUCACCACCUCAGAAGUACUGGUGCUUCUGCUGCCUCGCUUUUUAACUCUUACCACCGCCCUUCUCGAAAACUCCGUAGGUAACACGACAGCGCUGAGCAAAGAGGUACUGGACAUGGCCUCUAAGUUCCUUCGUCUGGAUCUUGACUCCAUCACGUCCUUCAGCCUGAACAGCGCCUUCCUGGAAUUGUCGGGAGGCUUGUGGUCUUUGUAUCUCCUCAGCAUCCCUAUCUUCGUAGGCAUCAUCAUCUGGUACUUCAUCAUUACCUUCGUUUUGGGCAAAAACGUAAUUGGCAGAAACUUUACCUCAAUGGCAUCACUUGACAAAGAAAGCAUAAAGGAUGAUCUUACCGCCAGGGUGGCAAUGGUGACGGAGAGACCCAACUACGUAUAGUUUUUCAUCGUCAGUCAAUCUCCAUAAGCCAGCCGCAACGCAUCGACUCGGACUCUCUUACGUCACCUGUGAAAAACCAGACAAAGUAACUUAAUGAUAAUGUGGAUGUGUGUUGAAAAGUUCUUGGAAUUAUAGUUUAGUAAAAGUUUUCUUCUUCUAUAGGCAUGGCUGCUCAGUCAUCUUUCUAAACCCCUAAAUAUAAUUUGAUUUUGAUUUGAUUGUAUUUUUCAAAGUUUUAAGAAGUAUGGGUACCUUAA